GGGCAUUCGAUUCAUAUGCUUUUAUUUGUACGAUUUUAAUUAUGCAAAUCAACAUGCCAAAUUUCUACUAUGAGUUGUCAUUUAUUUAUUAUAAUAUUGAAGAUAUAGUCGAUAGUUUAUUCUUGUUAUUUGUUUUAGUUCUAUUCUUUAGCGGCAGAGGGUGUUGGUAGUGAGAGUGGUGCUCGCUAGAUGGCAGGAGUGUUUCUGGUGGAAAUCGAUACUGCGUUCAUGAUUACGUUUGUGUUUACAUUUGUUUUGACGCUUAAAAAAGUGCGCUCGUUUAGUAUUCUUUGAGUGACUGGUUUUUGAUCAAUAUAUUCAAUGGGGAAAAGAUACUACUGUGAUUAUUGCGAUAGAUCAUUUAAAGAUGAUUCCGAGGCAAGAAAGAAACAUAUAUCAAGUUUGCAACAUGCCAAAAAUCGAGCCGAUCAUUACAGUCUUUUUAAAGCUCCAGAAACGAUAUUGAAAGAAGAAUCUGAAAAAAUACCAUGUAAACGAUACAUGACCCAUGGUGACUGUGCAUUUGGAAAUGGAUGUAAAUUCUCUCAUUAUACACCACCAAUGAUAUGGGAGCUUCAACGAAUUGUUGCUCAAAAGAAUCAGUCCAGAUCAAUGAGAUCCUUGACGAACAAAGUGCCAGGUCCUGAUGAAAUCAUAAAGGAGUUCUUCGAAAACACAGCAGAUCCUGAUAUUGCUCAAGAGAUCAAUACUCCGUUAUGGAGUCUUCCAAUUGAGCUACAAAAUUAUACGAGUUUACCUCCAUCCCUGUGGCCCAUAACAGCUGAAAGCGUAACACAUUCAGAGUUUGGAAAGUGGGGAUUGUAAGAUGUUCUUUAGUUGUAUUAAAUAAAUAUUUUAUUUGAGUAA